GCGCGCGGCGGAGGAGGGCGCCGGAGGCCGCGGAGCAGCGGCCGACGCCAUAUUAAGGAGCGCGGAGCCCGGGAUCCCGUCAGCUGCGGCCGCUGCCGGACGCAGCGGAGCUGCGCGCAGCGCAGGUGGGCGCGUCGCGGCGCCGGGAGAGGCGGGGCCGGUGGAGCCAGCGGGCGAACGGGAGCGAGCCAGGCCGUGCAGGGCUGCUGAGCACGGCUGGCAGGCCGUGCCUGCCCGCCUCACCAUGGACCAGGACUAUGAGCGGCGCCUCCUGCGGCAGAUCGUCAUCCAGAACGAGAACACGAUGCCGUGCGUGGCGGAGAUGCGGCGAACCCUGACCCCUGCCAACUCCCCCGUGUCCUCCCCCAGCAAGCACGGAGACCGCUUCAUCCCCUCACGAGCUGGUGCCAACUGGAGCGUGAAUUUCCACAGGAUCAACGAAAAUGAGAAAUCCCCCAGCCAGAACCGGAAAGCCAAGGACGCCACCUCGGACAAUGGCAAAGAUGGCCUGGCCUACUCAGCGCUGCUCAAGAACGAGUUGCUGGGCGCUGGCAUUGAGAAGGUUCAGGACCCACAGACAGAGGACCGCCGGCUGCAGCCCUCCACGCCUGAGAGGAAGGGCCUCUUCACGUACUCCCUCAGCACCAAGCGCUCCAGCCCCGAUGAUGGCAAUGACGUGUCCCCGUACUCCCUGUCCCCCGUCAGCAAUAAGAGUCAGAAGUUAUUGCGGUCUCCACGGAAACCCACGCGCAAGAUCUCUAAGAUCCCCUUCAAGGUCCUGGACGCUCCCGAGCUGCAGGACGACUUCUACCUGAACCUAGUGGACUGGUCCUCCCUCAACGUGCUCAGCGUGGGGCUGGGGACCUGCGUGUACCUGUGGAGUGCCUGCACCAGCCAGGUGACCCGGCUCUGUGACCUCUCCGUGGAAGGGGACUCAGUGACCUCCGUGGGCUGGUCUGAGAGGGGGAACCUGGUGGCUGUCGGCACACACAAGGGCUUCGUGCAGAUCUGGGACGCCGCUGCGGGGAAGAAGCUGUCAAUGCUGGAAGGCCACACGGCGCGUGUCGGGGCGCUGGCCUGGAACGCUGACCAGCUCUCAUCCGGGAGCCGGGACCGCAUGAUCCUGCAGAGGGACAUCCGGACACCCCCCCUGCAGUCAGAGCGGCGGCUACAGGGUCACCGGCAGGAGGUGUGCGGGCUCAAGUGGUCCACCGACCACCAGCUCCUCGCCUCGGGAGGCAACGACAACAAGCUGCUGGUAUGGAACCACUCAAGCCUGAGCCCCGUGCAGCAGUAUACAGAGCACCUGGCCGCCGUCAAGGCUAUCGCCUGGUCCCCCCACCAGCAUGGGCUGCUGGCGUCUGGUGGCGGCACGGCUGACCGCUGCAUCCGCUUCUGGAACACGCUCACAGGGCAGCCGCUGCAGUGCAUUGACACUGGCUCCCAGGUGUGCAACCUAGCCUGGUCCAAGCACGCCAACGAGCUGGUGAGCACACACGGCUACUCACAGAACCAGAUCCUGGUCUGGAAGUACCCCUCUCUGACCCAGGUGGCCAAGCUGACCGGGCACUCCUAUCGGGUCCUGUACCUGGCCAUGUCCCCUGACGGAGAGGCCAUCGUCACCGGUGCUGGAGACGAGACACUGAGGUUCUGGAAUGUCUUUAGCAAAACCCGUUCAACAAAGGUAAAGUGGGAGUCUGUGUCCGUCCUCAACCUCUUCACUAGGAUCCGGUAAACCCACAGCUACCGGCCGUCCUGGUCGCAGAGCAACACCUUGUCAGCGUGCAUGGACCCUCUGCUCCCCCCCACACGGGCCCAAGAUCGGCAGUGGGGUGGGGCGGGAGCCGGGCCUGGAGAGACCCUGAAGAUUCCAUUAAAGCCUGAUUGCGAACCCUGUUGGCCGGUGUUUGGGGCAGGGCCGGGGCGGGCAGCAGCAGGAGUGGGGCUCUGGCUCCCCACCCUGGGCGGCCCCGGCUCGGACAGUGUGCCCAGCGGAGGACGACUCCUGGACUGGCUGCUUCCAUCACCCAUCACCACCACUGCCUCAUCAGGGCUGCAUGCUAUGCCCGGAAGCAUGUGCCCACCGCCGCCCAUGCCUGCCGCAGGACAGGACAGCUGGACACCACGCCGGUCGGCCGGGAGGGAUCACAGGGACGUGCCCUCUUGAGGGGGUCUCUGCAGCCACCUCUGCUCUCCCUAACCUGGCCGCCCCCCGCUGACUCUUGAGUGCACGACAUUGGGAGCAGGCCCCAGGCAGGCUACAUGCCAGAGGUCAUCUCGAGGUGGACUUAUCUGAGGAGAACUCUAGGGGGAUCUGUCACUGUCACGUGUUCACCCCAACUGAGCCCUCCUUGUUGCUCACGGGGUCACAGGCAACUCUGAUUCUUGGCACUUGCAGGGUGACCAGUCAGGGUAGCCUGAGGGCAGAAUCGAUCCCAGGGGUCAGGUCCUGUGGGUGCCUGGCCCUCCCCAGCCCUUCCUUCCAGGCUACCCUAGUGGGUCCUGUCUGCGCCUUCAGCCAGGGCAGGGGGCACCCCAGGGUCCCCCUCAAGCUUCCCGAGCUUCCCCUGGCUCUGGGCCCACCUCCCUGUCAUGCUCCACCCUGUUUCCACUGCACCUGGAGGAGACGGAGGAGGGAGGCUAGGCCUCUGUGGCCAGGGGCCUGAGCAGCUGCCUCCCUCUCCCCUUCUGAGGUGGGAGGACAUGGAUGGGCGUGGACAGGGUGGGACAGGCCGUGCAGGAUCCCUGCUCUUGGUUCUGAGUACCUUUGACCCUCAGCAGCCAGCGUGUGCAUGUGUACAUACGUAUUUGUGACUUUCCUUUGGAUUUGUUUUUGUGUUUCUGUAAAUUGGUCCCCAAAUGUUAAGGCUCGCUGGCAGGGAGCUGUGACCCGUCCCCACCCCUGGGGAAAACGGGUCACAGCUCUUAAAGCCCUAGCAUUCAGAGGGUGGGCGGGUGUCUGAACUUGGGGAAGGGUGGGCCUGCCCCCAGCUGCUUGCGGGGGGCAGAGGGACAGUGUGUAUAGACAUGUGUAUGCCCAUUGGUCCAGGUCUUAUUUUUGUUUUGAGUCUUUUUUUUUUUAAAUAAGAAAACAGUCCUGUGUCUACUGCA